CAACACGCGAACGUUCUCAAAAUGAAAUUUGCAACUGGCCGGACUAUUAUUCUUACUGGAGCUUCCCGAGGAAUCGGGUGGGAAAUUGCUCGUUGCCUCUUGAGUUCGCCGCUGUCCAGCAAUGUUGUAGCGAUUGCUCGCUCCGAGCAACCGCUCUUGAAGCUCAAGGAGCAGUAUGGGCGGCAAGUUGAGAUUGUGUGCGGCGACGCGACGGAGCGCGGCAUAGCCGACAAAGCGGUCAAGGCAGCUCUUACGGCCUUUGGCAGGAUAGAUGGCCUAAUUGUCAACCACGGGGUCGUGGCUCCCGUGACUAAAGUGGUAGAGUCUGAUAUGGAAGCAUGGAAGAAAGGGUUUGACAUUAAUUUUUUCAGUGCGGUUGAAUUUGUCAAAGCAGCGCUUCCGCAUAUCCGCAUAUCAAGAGGAAACAUCAUCUUCACUUCCUCGGGCGCUGCUACAUCGGCUGUAAUCGGAUGGGGCUUCUAUGGCGCAAGCAAGGCUGCUAUGAACCAUUUCAAUGCUACUUUAGCAAAGGAGGAGCCUGAAGUCACCUGUAUUGCGAUCCGCCCAGGCAUGGUGGACACGCAGAUGCAGGAAGAACUAAGAUCCGAACAUAUAGAUGUACUCGGUCCCGAUGAUGGGCAGAGAUUCAUCACUGCGCACAAGGAAGGGAAGCUACUGCCACCCGAAAAGCCGGGUCACGUAAUUGCCAAGCUUGCGGUUAGCGCCCCUCGCGAGCUCUCUGGCCAAUUCCUAACUUGGAAUUCGGAAGAAUUGAAGGAUUACCAGGAUGAUGCAUGACGCUAAGGAACUAAGGACCAAUUGAUGAGGUUAGCAUUAUCCUCGACGAACUACAAAAUACAGCAGGUAUCGUAUAUUAGAGCCAUAGAAUGCAUCAGUCGAAAGGUUAAAUGGAUACAUGUAGCUAAGCAUCAGAUGCAAAGAGCACCUUCAUAUUUAGCAUGGAGUGAUGUUUUUUUUCAUCAUUUGCCAGGACUCGAAUCCUGAAGUGAACAAUGUAAUAAUGGCA